AUGUCCGCCACCUCUGGAGACUUCCUGGGGACUGACGAGGUGGACAGCCCGGUCCCCACACGGCCCGCCAACAGCAGCACCGACAUCCAAGGUAGCCUAGUUGAAGAACCUACUGGUAGCCGGGUCGUUUUGGGGUUUUUCUGAUGACUGUUGAUCCUGUCAUUCAGGUUAAAAGGGAAAAGCUUAGCGAUCAUUACUCAGAUCAGUUUAGAUCACAAUAGACUACAGCUAAUUAUCUCCCCGAAACACACUGAGUAAACAACCUGGCAUUCUUCCUUUCUUAUGCAUGCGGAUUAUAAUAAAAUAAUAAUAAUAAAUAAUUGGUCAUUUAGCAGACGCUCUUAUCCAGAGCGACUUACAGGAGCAAUUAGGGUUAAGUGCCUUGCUCAAGGUCACAUCCGACAGAUUUUUCACCUAGUCGGCUCGGGGAUUAGAACCAGCGACCUUUCGGUUACUGGUACAACGCUCUUAACCACUGAGCUACCAGCCGUAUUGGUCUGGCCUAACUGAUGUACUUGGUAUAUGUGGCUCUGAGCCUGAUAACGUUGUUUUCAUAGAUGUGAAAAGGCUACAUUGUGUGUGUGUGUGUGUCUGGAAGCAUCCAGGUUGAUCCAGUGCUCUGAGAUUAUCCCUGUCCUCGUCUGACUGUCUGUCAUUCAGGGAAAAUACACUUUCAGCUCUUUCAGAUCAGCUCAUAUUAACAUCGCUAUUGAUGAUGACACGUCUCACUGGCAGGAAGAAUUAGGACUUCACCCCAAAGACAGUACAGUAUCAAGACAGGCUAAAAUCCCGGAUCACAUUUGUAGGUGAUGUCAUGGCUAGCUGUGAAACACGUCAUGGGGUCUAACGGUCGACUCUGCGCCGAACUGCGCAUGUGCAGGCCGUCAAAUCAAAGGCACUCCUUCGAUAUAGAGUUGUUUUUGACGAAAAAGGAAACUCACUUUCAUGAGGUUGUAGUAAUAACAUGUUCAAAUACUUAAGAUAUUGGCUCAAAUCGAGGUUGUGACUUUUAGAUUUUCGAGAAAAUUAACAACUAAGGAAUAAUUUUUUACUUCUCUCAUUGACUUCUCAAACCCCAAAUCCCAGCCUGGUCUGUUUCGUAAAGCAUUCCUGGAAGUUUCGCGAUGUUGUGCCUCUGGGUUUAGAAACUCUAUGACUUGACCUCAAGUAGUUUUUAUUGUACGCAUCAUUUCACCAUGUCAUAAUCUGUGUUAGAGUUAAAUUACUAUCUCAGUUUUGUAAUCUCUGUCUGUUUCAUAUCCAGGUCCUCAUAGUCAUUGAGAAGAAAAUCACAUUUUGAAUGUUAAAUUCAUGCUUUCAUAAUCAACCCAUUCAUGAUACGUUGUUGUUGUUGUUGUUGUUUGUAUUCUUUGUAAAGAGGUCUAUGGAAUACUAUUGUUCUUUUGUGAUUCUCAAGUGUUUCCAUGUGAACCACUUGAUACUAAAUGAAUGUGCUCCUCUUUCCCACAUAACCCACUCAUUAUGCCUUUAUCAAUGAGGAAACCGUUAACUAUCUAGUCCACUCUGUGGAUACUUUGGUUGGUUACUGAAUUUCUAUGACAAAAUUUGCAUAAGAUUAAUUACUAGUCUUAAUUUUUUCAAAUGUUUUGAUUAAAUAUAAAAGAAACAUGCAUUAACAACACAAAACUAAUCAAAUUUCAGUAUUCUACCAUUGGAAUAGAUCAAUACUUAUACAUGAGUCAGAAGUGCAAUUCUGACUUCUGACGUAACACUUCUGUUAGUAACACGUCUGACAGUAACACGUCUGACAGUAACACGUCUGACAGUAACACGUCUGACAGUAACACGUCUGACAGUAACACGUCUGACAGUAACACUUCUGACCGUAACAAAUGACAUGACUAUUCCCUUUUGUGUGUUCCAGCUCUGAGGUUCCAGGGCCCGUUCCGAGCCUGGGGAACGGGUAGUCAGGGCGGGGGAAUGUGCAGUGACUCAGAGAGCACCGGAGGCAGCAGCGAGUCCCGAUCCAUGGACUCCCCCACCGCCAGCCCAGGUAAAGCCCUGUCUACCCACCCUUCGUAGCCCAUGGCCCUAUCUCCACACAACCUACACUACACUACUCUGUGCAGGUCAGGGCUCUGUGCAGGUCAGGGCUCUGUGCAGGCCAGUCAAGUUCUUCCACACUGAUCAACUCAACUAACCAUUUCUGUAUGGACCUCGCUUUGUGCACGGGGUCAUUGUCAUGCUGAAACAGGAAAGGGCCUUCCCCAAACUGUUGCCGCAAAGUUGGAAGCACUGAAUUGUCUAGAAUGUCAUUGUAUGCUGUAGCGUUAAGGUAAGGGGCCUAGCCCGAACCAUGAAAAACAGCCACAGACCAUUAUUCCUCCUCCACCAAACUUUACAGUUGGCACUAUGCACUGGGGCAGGUAACGUUCUCCUGGCAUCUGCCAAACCCAGAUUCGUCCGUCGGACUGCCAGAUGGUGAAGCGUGAUUCAUCACUCCAGAGAACGCGUUUCCACUGCUCCAGUGUCCAAUGGCGGCGAGCUUUACACCCCUCCAACCGACGCAUGGCAUUGCACAUGGUGAUCUUAGGCUUGUGUGCGGCUGCUCGGCCACGGAAACGCAUUUCAUGAAGUUCCCGACGAACAGUUCUUGUGCUGACGUUGCUUCCAGAAGAACUCAGUAGUAAGUGUUGCAACCGAGGACAGAUUAUUUUUAUGUGCUCUGUGCUUCAGCACUCGGCGGUCCCGUUCUGGGGAGCUUGUAUGGCCUACCACUUCGCGGCUGAGCCGUUGUUGCUCCUAGAUGUUUCCACUUCACAAUAACAGGACUUAGGUCCAAAAGGCUCCUUAACAGCUUCUACCCCCAAGCCAGAAGACUGCUGAACAAUUCAUGAAAUGGCCACCCGGACUAUUUGCGUUGCCCCCCCCCCCCACCCCCCUUUGUUUUUACACUGCUGCUACCCGCUGUUUAUUAUCUAUGUAUAGUCACUUUACCCCUACCUACAUGUACAAAUUACCUCGACUAACCUGUGCCCCCCCAUAUUGACUCGGUGCCGGUACCCCCUGUAUAUAGCCUUGGUGCCGGUACCCCCUGUAUAUAGCCUUGGUACCGGUACCCCCUGUAUAUAGCCUUGGUGCCGGUACCCCCUGUAUAUAGCCUUGGUGCCGGUACCCCCUGUAUAUAGCCUUGGUGCCGUAACCCCCCCCUGUAUAUAGCCUUGGUGCCGGUACCCCCUGUAUAUAGCCUUGGUGCCGGUACCCCCUGUAUAUAGCCUUGGUGCCGGUCCCCCUGUAUAUAGCCUUGGUGCCGUACCCCGCUGUAUAUAGCCUUGGUGCCGGUACCCCCUGUAUAUAGCCUCGGUGCCGGUACCCCCUGUAUAUAGCCUGGUACCGGUACCCCCUGUAUAUAGCCUUGGUGCCGGUACCCCUGCAUAUAGCCUUGGUGCCGGUACCCCCUGUAUAUAGCCUUGGUGCCGGUACCCCUGUAUAUAGCCUUGGUGCCGGUACCCCCUGUAUAUAGCCUUGGUGCCGGUACCCCCUGUAUAUAGCCUUGGUGCCGGUACCCCCUGUAUAUAGCCUUGGUGCCGGUACCCCCUGUAUAUAGCCUUGUGCCGGUACCCCUGUAUAUACCUUGGUGCCGGUACCCCCUGUAUAUAGCCUGGUGCCGGUACCCCCUGUAUAUAGCCUUGGUACCGGUACCCCCUGUAUAUAGCCUUGGUGCCGGUACCCCCUGUAUAUAGCCUUGGUGCCGGUACCCCCUGUAUAUAGCCUCGGUGCCGGUACCCCCUGUAUAUAGCCUUGGUACCGGUACCCCCUGUAUAUAGACUCGGUACCGGUACCCCCUGUAUAUAGCCUUGGUACCGGUACCCCCUGUAUAUAGACUCGGUACCGGUACCCCCUGUAUAUAGCCUUGGUGCCGGUACCCCCUGUAUAUAGCCUUGGUGCCGGUACCCCCUGUAUAUAGCCUUGGUGCCGGUACCCCCUGUAUAUAGCCUUGGUGCCGGUACCCCCUGUAUAUAGCCUUGGUGCCGGUACCCCCUGUAUAUAGCCUUGGUACCGGUACCCCCUGUAUAUAGACUCGGUGCCGGUACCCCCUGUAUAUAGCCUUGGUGCCGGUACCCCCUGUAUAUAGCCUUGGUGCCGGUACCCCCUGUAUAUAGCCUCGUUAUUGUUAUUUUAUUGUUACUUUUUAUUAUUUUUUACUUUAGUUUAUUUAGUAAAUAUUUUCUUAACUCUUUCUUGAACUGCAUUGUUGGUUAAGGGCUUGUAAGUAAGCAUUUCACGGUAAUGUUGUAUUCGGCGCAUGUGACAAAUAUUUUAUUUUAUUUUAUUUUAUUUCACUUACAGUUGACCUGGGCAGCUCCAGCAGGGCCGAAAUGUGACAAUCUGACUUGUUGGAAAGGUGGCAUCCUAUGACGGUGCCAUGUUGAAAGUCACUGAGCCAAUGUUUGUUUAUGGAGAUUGCACGGCUGUGUGCUAGAUUUUAUACACCUGUCAGCAACGGGUGUGGCUGAAAUUGCCGAAUCCACUAAUUUGAAGGGGUGUCCACAUACUUUUGUAUAUAUAGUGUAUGUGCCAUCGCUUCUACCUGUUAGCUUGGCAGGACCAACCACUACCACCCCCUGUCUUCUACCUGUUAGCUUGGCAGGACCAACCACUACCAUCCCCUGUCUUCUACCUGUUAGCUUGGCAGGACCAACCACUACCACCCCCUGUCUUCUACCUGUUAGCUUGGCAGGACCAACCACUACCACCCCCUGUCUUCUACCUGUUAGCUUGGCAGGACCAACCACUACCACCCCCUGUCUUCUACCUGUUAGCUUGGCAGGACCAACCACUACCUCCCCGUUACCUUUAAUCACCUGUUGAAAGGAAAUUAUUGAUGGUUCUUAUUAUGUCAUAGCAGCCACCCUCAUAGACGUGACACAGAGACAGACAGACAGACAGACGGACAGACGGACAGAUGGACAGCAGGAGCAUGCCUGAGUCCUGAUGGUGUGUCUAUAAUACCCUUGAAGGACAUCUGAGCUACGGACAGGCUAAAGUAAAGGAAUGUUCAGUAGGUUUAACAGUGACAUUUUCUGGAGUUUUGUGUUAUUCUGGUCGGUGUUCAACCAUGUGUUGUAUUCUGUGGAUUAUGUAACAUGCUGAAGUCUGUUUGGUUUUCAUUACCUGUUGUGAUAGGUUUCCUUUAAAUGAAUUAUAGUGUUGCAGUUUCUCUCGUGUUGUAAUCAUACACAACAACAGUUCCUGAGUGAGAUGUUUUAUUUAACUAGUUACAAUUAACUUCAUUGGAUUUUAAGCAAUCUGACUCGUUAGCACCUUUUGGACUCAUACAAAUCUAGAACGAUUGGAAUGAGUGUUUGCAAUCUAGCCAGUCAGUUCAUUCCUCUAUUCCCAAAGUGCCCCAAUGUCUGGAGAAAUGUGGGGAAUGUGCCCUAUCACUGAGAUAAGUCUCUUGUCCAGGCCAUUAUCAGAACAAUAAGGGAAUCAAGCAGAGGAAUUGAUCAGUGAAUGGAGGUAUGAAUCACCCAGAACGUCUUGUGAGUGGUCCCUUGCUGGUCUCCUGACCUUUCGCCAUUGGAGGGCCCAGGGGUGCCACGCCCCUCAAUCUCAACCAUGUCUUAUAAUAAGUAGACUCUUUGCCAGUCACUCAGUUCAUAACGAUCAAGGCUUGAAGCUGUGGAUAAAGAGGAACAGAUGCUCUGAGACCAAGGAUCUAGUACCAUCACUAGACCAGGCCUCAGUUAGACAGUGGACAGUAGUACUGAGUAGCUACACAGUAGUAUUGACAAGAUACUAUGAGGAUCUUUUGUGUGUUCACUGCCUCCUGCUCAGGUGACUUCAAGAGGAGAUUACCCAGAACCCCCUCCACGGGGACCAUGUCGUCAGCUGAUGACAUGGACGAGAGAGAACCGUCCUCGCCGUCAGACAACGGUGAGUCAGAUAGUUCAUUCAUUUGAUACGGUGCUAUAUGUUUGCUUUGGAUAAGUAUGUUGUAACACUUUCCAUGUCAAUAAAGUUUAUUGAAUUUGAAUUUGAGUUCAGAGAAAGUGUGUUUGUGUGUGUGUGUGUGUGUGUGUGUGUGUGUGUGUGUGUGUGGUAAAACCGUUGCUAAUGCUUGAAAUGUCAUAAGAGUAUAUUGUAACAGUUCAGAAUGUGUUAUGAAAGUGUCAGUUGGAGCAAUAAUCUCUUCAGCAGCAAUACACAGGUAGCUAGAGCACUAGGCCAGUAACCUAAAUGUUGCUCCUUUGAAUCCCUGAGCCGACAAGGUGAAAGAGAACUGUCUAUGUGCCCUUGAGCUAGGCACUUAACCCUAAUUGUUCCAGGGUUGCCAUUGAUAAUGGCAGACCCUGGCCGUGACCCCAGUCUCAGGGGGAGUUGGGAUAUGCAAAAAAAAAACAUUUCCAAUUGAAAUAGGACAAAUAUAAGCAACAAUAUUAUUAUUAUAAGUACACUGACUGAGCAAAACAAGGUUUGGAAUAACAACAGAACAUACACUACAUAGUCAAAUGUAUGUGGACACCUGCUCGUCGAACAUCUCAUUCCAACAUCAUGGGCAUUAAUAUGGAGUUGGUCCCCCAUUUACUGCUAUAACAGCCUCCACUCUUCUGGGAAGGCUUUCCACUAGAUGUUGGAAGAUUUCAGCGAGGACUUGCUUCCAUUCAGCCACAAGAGCAUUAGUGAGGUCGGGCACUGAUGUUGGGCGAUAAGGUGUUCGAUGGGGUUGAGGUCAGGGCUCUGUGCAGUCCAGUCAAGUUCUUCCACACCGAUCUCAACAAACCAUUUCUGUAUGGACCUCGCUUUGUGCACAGGGGCAUUGUCAAGCUGAAACAGGAAAGGGUUUUCUCCAAACUGUUGCCACAAAGUUGGAAGCACUGAAUUGUCUAGAAUGUCAUUGUAUGCUGUAGCGUAAAGAUUUCCCUUCACUGGAACUAAGGGGUCCGAACUAUGAAAAACAGCCCCAGACCAUUAUUCCUCCUCCACCAAACUUUACAGUUGGCACUAUGCAUUGGGGCAGGUAGUGUUCUCCUGGCAUCCGCCAAACCCAGAUGUGUCUGUCGGACUGCCAGAUGGUGAAGCGUGAUUCAUCACUCCAGAGAACGUGUUUCCACUGCUCCAGAGUCCAAAGGCACCGAGUUUUACACCACUCCAGCUGAGCUUGGCAUUGCGCAUCGUGCUCUUAGGCUUGUGUGUGGCUGCUCGGCCAUGGAAACCCAUUUCAUGAAGCUCCCGACAGUUAUUGUGCUGACAUUGCUUCCAGAAGCAGUUUGGAACUUGGUAGUGAGUGUUGCAACCGAGGACAGAUUUAUUUUUAUGCGCUACACACUUCAGCACUCUGCGGUUCCGUUCUGUGUGCUUGUGUGACCUACGACUUUGUGGAUGGGCCGUUGUUGCUCCUAGACGUUUCCACUUCACAAUAACAGCUCUUACAGUUGACCUGGGCAGCUCUAGCAGGGCAGAAAUUCUACGAACUGACUUGUUGGAAAGGUGGCAUCCUAUGACAGUGCCACAUUGAAAGUUACUGAGGUCUUCAGGAAGGCCAUUCUACUGCCAAUGUUUCUCUAUGAAGAUUGCAUGGCUGUGUGCUCGAUUUUUAUACACGUGUCAGCAACGGUUGUGGCUGAAAUAGCCGAAUCCACUAAGUUGAAGGGGUGUACACAUACUUUUGUAUAUAGAGAGAUUCAGAGAUUGGUACACUAUCUCUCUCUCUCUCUCUGUUUCUCUGUGUCUGUGUCUCUCUCUCUCUCUGUGUCUCUGUGUCUCUGUGUCUCUGUCUCUGUGUCUCUGUCUCGUCUCCCAAGGUCUGGGUGAGAUGGUGACAGAGACAGCCAGUUCCCCAGGUCCGUUCCGUGACAUCCAGAUGUCCAAGGCAGCCCAGACUCACAAGCUGAGGAAGCUGAGGGCCCUGUCCAAGUGCAGAGAGUGUGAUAGUCUGGUGGUCUUCUAUGGUGCUGAAUGUGAGGAGGUGAGUACUCUGUCCAACAGUGGUUCUCAAUCUGGGGUACUUUACCCCUGGAAGUACCUGGCCUAUCCACAGCGGGGAUGGAAGUACCUGUCCUAUCCACAGCGGGAUGGAAGUAUCUGUCCUAUCCACAAAGGGGAUGGAAGUACCUGUCCUAUCCACAGAGGGGAUGGAAGUAUCUGUCCUAUCCACAGAGGGGAUGGAAGUAUCUGUCCUAUCCACAGAGGGGAUGGAAGUACCUGUCCUAUCCACAGAGGGGAUGGAAGUACCUGUCCUAUCCACAGAGGGGAUGGAAGUAUCUGUCCUAUCCACAGAGGGGAUGGAAGUACCUGUCCUAUCCACAGCGGGAUGGAAGUACCUGUCCUAUCCACAGAGGGGAUGGAAGUACCUGUCCUAUCCACAGCGGGGAUGGAAGUACCUGGCCUAUCCACAGCGGGGAUGGAAGUACCUGUCCUAUCCACAGAGGGGAUGGAAGUACCUGUCCUAUCCACAGAGGGGAUGGAAGUACCUGUCCUAUCCACAGAGGGGAUGGAAGUACCUGGCCUAUCCACAGAGGGGAUGGAAGUACCUGGCCUAUCCACAGAGGGGAUGGAAGUACCUGUCCUAUCCACAGAGGGGAUGGAAGUACCUGUCCUAUCCACAGCGGGGAAUUGGAAAGACUCAUAAGAACAUAGGCAUACUGAUCAGUUGCACAUUAGGGGGUACUUCAGGUAGAGCAAAAUGUGAUUGGGGUACAGUAAGUAAAUGUGAUUGGGGUACAGUAAAUAAAUGUGAUUGGGGACAGUAAAUAAAUGUGAUUGGGGGGAUGGUAAGUUAAUGAGAUUGGGGGGACAGUGAGUAAAUGUGAUUGGGGUACAGUAAGUAAAUGUGAUUGGGGUACAGUAGGUAAAUGUGAUUGGGGGACAGUAAAUACAUGUAUUUGGGGUUAGUAUGUUAAUGUGAUUGGGGGGGACAGUAGGUAAAUGUGAUUGGGGGGACAGUAAAUACAUGUGAUUGGGGGUACAGUAAGUUAAUGUGAUUGGGGGGACAGUAGGUAAAUGUGAUUGGGGGUACAGUAGGUAAAUGUGAUUGGGGGGACAGUAGGUAAAUGUAUUUGGGGUUAGUAAGUUAAUGUGAUUGGGGGGACAGUAGGUAAAUGUGAUUGGGGGUACAGUAGGUAAAUGUGAUUGGGGGGACAGUAGGUAAAUGUAUUUGGGGUUAGUAAGUUAAUGUGAUUGGGGGGACAGUAGGUAAAUGUGAUUGGGGGUACAGUAGGUAAAUGUGAUUGGGGGGUACAGUAGGUAAAUGUGAUUGGGGGGACAGUAGGUAAAUGUGAUUGGGGAGACAGUAGGUAAAUGUGAUUGGGGGACAGUAAAUAAAUGUAUUUGGGGUUAGUAAGUUAAUGUGAUUGGGGGGACAGUAGGUAAAUGUGAUUGGGGGGACAGUAGGUAAAUGUGAUUGGGGGGACAGUAGGUAAAUGUGAUUGGGGGGACAGUAAAUAACUAAAACAUGUUGAGAAGCACUGUUCUAGAAGUCCCAAAAGGAAAAAGUCUGCAGACCACAGGGAGCCACCCAGACACUGAGAGUCCACAGACUGCCAUCAUCCAGUACUGGAUAUUUUGGAUUCAUUAAAAGGGGACCUUUUGUUACCCUCUGGGUGCCUGUACUGUCCUCUCACUAGAAUGUUCUCUUAGCUCUGCUUAUUUUAGAUGGAGUUACAUUACAUAUUUAUGGAAACAUUGAGAUAAUGGAACAGGGCAGGAAAGAUGGUUACUUGAGGGGAAUGGUUAUUCAGAUGAUUAUGUAACGCUGUGGUCCUGUGUGGCACUGUGAGAGCGUGGCGCUAGCAAUGCCAAAGUCGUGGGUUCAGUUCCCACUGGGAUAACACACACUCACUGUACUGUCGGUCACUUUGGAUAAAAGCAUCUGCUAAGUGGCAUAUAUACAGUAGUGUUGCUAGCUGACAUGGAUGUUAACUAUCGGACUCCUCUGCUGUUUCCCAGUGCUUCCUGGCCUGCCAUAAGAAGUGUCUGGAGACCCUGGCCAUCCAGUGUGGUCAUAAGAAACUGCAGGGUAGACUGCACCUCUUUGGUAUUGACUUCACCCAAGCAGCUAGGAACAACCCAGAUGGAAUCCCUUUCAUAAUCAGGAAGUGUACCUCGGAGAUAGAGAAUAGAGCGUUGGACAUCAAGGUAACAUAAUGCUAGCAUUUUCAAGUAACAUUAUAUAGCCUAGCUUGUUUGGCAAAUGAUCUAUUGUUUUCAAUGUCACCCAGAUGUGCUUUGAAUUGAAGACGUCCUGUUUUUGAAGGGAAAUAAUGCUUGUUAGGAGAAUAAAAUUGCCCAAAUCUGAGCUGCUGUGUUGUGUCUUGAUUGUCCAGGGGAUCUACCGUGUGAACGGGGCCAAGUCUCGUGUGGAGAAGCUCUGUCAGGUAUUUGAGAACGGCAAGGACCUCGUGGAGCUAUCUGACCUUUACCCCCAUGACAUCAGCAACGUGCUCAAACUCUACCUGAGACAGGUGGGUCACACACACAGAAUUCUCCAGGACAAGGUAGUUGCUAUCCAGAACCUUAAAGGGUUAUUCGGCUGUCCCCAUAGGAGAACUCUUUUUGGUUCUAGGUAGAACCCUUUUUGGUUCUAGGUAGAACCCUUUUUGGUUCUAGGUAGAACCAAAAAGGGUUCUACCUGUAACCAAAAAGUGUUCUCCUAUGGGGACAGCCGAAUAACCCUUUUGAAACCCUUGUUUCUAAGAGUGGACUGACAGACUGCACACUAGCCCAAUAAUAUUGACUUAUCUUCCUUGUUUUCAUUCAAUACUAGUUUAUAGAUUCUCUCUUUGUCUCCAGUCCUGUCUGUUGUAUAUUUAUUUAUAUAUAUUCAUUUAUAUUUGUCUUCAUAUUUUUGUAAUUCCAGUUUAAAAUUAACUUCCUUGUUUAUUUUCUCUCCCUGUAGCUUCCAGAGCCUCUCAUCCUGUUCCGUUUCUACAAUGACUUCAUCGGCCUGGCCAAGGAGAGCCAGAACAUCAUCGUGGAUGAGGUGGAAGCGUCCAGGGACAGCCCCAGCUCCCUGACCCCGCCGCAGGUCAGCGUGGAGCUCAACCGGGUCCUCUUCAAGAUCAAAGACCUCCUGAGACAGCUGCCCCCGGCCCACUACAAGACCCUGCAGUUCCUCAUCCAACACCUGCACAGGUACGGAAUCUAUUCUGAGAAUUUAGAUGACAAGUGCUGCACAACUCUGACUAUCACGUAAAUAAUGUAUUAAUGUCAAUGGGAGACUUUGAGUUUAGUCAGUGGAUCUGAAGGCAGAAUACAACCCUAUAAAUAUACAUACACAGCUUAAUGGCCCAGUGCAGUCAAACGUGAUUUUCCUGUGAUUUACAGUUGAAGUCGGAAGUUUACAUCAGGAUCACCACUUUAUUUUAAGAAUGUGAAAUGUCAGAAUAAUAGCAGAGAGAAUGAUUUAUUUCAGCUUUUAUUUCUUUCAUCACAUUCCCAGUUGGUCAGAAGUUUACAUACAAUCAAUUAGUAUUUGGUAGUAUUGCCUUUAAAUUGUUUAACUUGGGUCAAACGUUUCGGGUAGCCUUCCACAAGCUUCCCACAAUAAGUUGGGUGAAUUUUGGCCCAUUCCUCCUGACAGAGAUGGUGUAAUUGAGUCAGGUUUGUAGGCCUCCUUGCUCGCACACACUUUUUCAUUUGUGCCCACAAAUUUUCUAUAGGAUUGAGGUCAGGGCUUUGUGAUGGCCACUCCAAUACCUUGACUUUGUUGUCCUUAAGCCAUUUUGUCACAACUUUGGAAGUAUGCUUGGGGUCAUUGUCCAUUUGGAAAACACAUUUGCGACCAAGCUUUAACUUCCUGACUGAUGUCUUGAGAUGUUGCUUCAAUAUAUCCACAUUAUUUCCCUUCCUCAUGAUGCCAUCUAUUUUGUGAAGUGCACCAGUCCCUCCUGCAGCAAAGUACCCCCACAGCAUGAUGCUGCCACCCCCGUGCUUCACAGUUGGGAUGGUGUUCUUCGGCUUGCAAGUGGUCCCCUUUUUCCUCCAAACAUAACAAUGGUCAUUAUGGCCAAACAGUUCUAUUUUUGUUUCAUCAGACCAGAGGACAUUUCUCCAAAAAGUACGAUCAUUGUCCCCAUGUGCAGUUGCAAACCGUAGUCUGGCUUUUUUAUGGCGGUUUUGGAGCAGUGGCUUCUUCCUUGCUGAGCGGCCUUUCAGGUUAUGUCGAUAUAGGACUCGUUUUACUGUGGAUAUAGAUACUUUUGUACCUGUUUCCUCCAGCAUCUUCACAAGGUCCUUUGCUGUUGUUCUGGGAUUGAUUUGCACUUUUCGCACCAAAGUACAAUCUCUAGGAGACAGAAUGCGUCUCCUUCCUGAGUGGUAUGACGGCUGCGUGGUCCCAUGGUGUUUAUACUUGCGUAGUAUUGUUUGUACAGAUGAACGUGGUACCUUCAGGCGUUUGGAAAUUGCUCCCAAGGAUGAACCAGACUUGUGGAGGUCUACCAUUUUUUUCUGAGGUCUUGGCUGAUUUCUUUUGAUUUUCCCAUGAUGUCAAGCAAAGAGGCACUGAGUUUGAAGGUAGACCUUUAAAUACAGUGGGGAAAAAAAGUAUUUAGUCAGCCACCAAUUGUGCAAGUUCUCCCACUUAAAAAGAUGAGAGGCCUGUCAUUUUCAUCAUAGGUACACGUCAACUAUGACAGACAAAUUGAGAAAAAAAAAUCCUGAAAAUCACAUUGUAGGAUUUUUAAUGAAUUUAUUUGCAAAUUAUGGUGGAAAAUAAGUAUUUGGUCACCUACAAACAAGCAAGAUUUCUGGCUCUCACAGACCUGUAACUUCUUAUUUAAGAGGCUCCUCUGUCCUCCACUCGUUACCUGUAUUAAUGGCACCUGUUUGAACUUGUUAUCAGUAUAAAAGACACCUGUCCACAACCUCAAACAGUCACACUCCAAACUCCACUAUGGCCAAGACCAAAGAGCUGUCAAAGGACACCAGAAACAAAAUUGUAGACCUGCACCAGGCUGGGAAGACUGAAUCUGCAAUAGGUAAGCAGCUUGGUUUGAAGAAAUCAACUGUGAGAGCAAUUAUUAGGAAAUGGAAGACAAACAAGACCACUGAUAAUCUCCCUCGAUCUGGGGCUCCAUGCAAGAUCUCACCCCGUGGGGUCAAAAUGAUCACAAGAACGGUGAGCAAAAAUCCCAGAACCACACAGGGGGACCUAGUGAAUGACCUGCAGAGAGCUGGGACCAAAGUAACAAAGCCUACCAUCAGUAACACACUACACCGCCAGGGACUCAAAUCCUGCAGUGCGAGACGUGUCCCCCUGCUUAAGCCAGUACAUGUCCAGGCCCGUCUGAAGUUUCCUAGAGUGCAUUUGGAUGAUCCAGAAGAGAAUUGGGAGAAUGUCAUAUGGUCAGAUGAAACCAAAAUAGAACUUUUUGGUAAAAACUCAACUCGUCGUGUUUGGAGGACAAAGAAUGCUGAGUUGCAUCCAAAGAACACCAUACCUACUGUGAAGCAUGGGAGUGGAAACAUCAUGCUUUGGGGCUGUUUUUCUGCAAAGGGACCAGGACGACUGAUCCGUGUAAAGGAAAGAAUGAAUGGGGCCAUAUAUCAUGAGAUUUUGAGUGAAAACCUCCUUCCAUCAGCAAGGGCAUUGAAGAUGAAACAUGGCUGGGUCUUUCAGCAUGACAAUGAUCCCAAACACACCGCCCGGGCAACGAAGGAGUGGAUUCGUAAGAAGCAUUUCAAGGUCCUGGAGUGGCCUAGCCAGUCUCCAGAUCUCAACCCCAUAGAAAAUCUUUGGAGGGAGUUGAAAGUCUGUGUUGCCCAGCGACAUCCCCAAAACAUCACUGCUCUAGAGGAGAUCUGCAUGGAGGAAUGGGCCAAAAUACCAGCAACAGUGUGUGAAAACCUUGUGAAGACUUACAGAAAUCGUUUGACCUGUGUCAUUGCCAACAAAGGGUAUAUAACAAAGUAUUGAGAAACUUUUGUUAUUGACCAAUUACUUAUUUUCCACCAUAAUUUGCAAAUAAAUUCAUAAAAAAUCCUACAAUGUGAUUUUCUUGAUUUUUUUUUUCUCAUUUUGUCUGUCAUAGUUGACGUGUACCUAUGAUGAAGAUUACAGGCCUCUCUCAUCUUUUUAAGUGGGAGAACUUGCACAAUUGGUGACUGACUAAAUACUUUUUUUCCCCACUGUACAUCCACAGGUACACCUCCAAUUGACUCAAAUUAUGUCAAUUAGCAUAUCAGAAGCUUCUAAAGCCAUGACAUCAUUUUCUGGAAUUUUCCAAGCUGUUUAAAGGCACAGUCAACUUAGUGUAUGUAAACUUCUGACCCAUUGGAAUUGUGAUACAGUAAAUUAUAAGUGAAAUAAUCUGUCUAUAAACAAUUGUUGGAAAAAUUAUUUGUGUCAUGCACAAAGUAGAUGUCCUAACCAACUUGCCAAAACUAUAGUUUGUUAACAAGAAAUUUGUGGAGUGGUUGAAAAACGAGUUUUAAUGACUCAAACCUAAGUGUAUUUAAACUUCCGACUAUAACUGUGUAUAUAUAUAUAUAUAUAUAUAUAGUGGAUUCCGAAAGUAUUCAGACCCAUUUACUUUUUCCACAUUUUGUUAUGUUACAACCUUAUUCUAAAAUUGAUUUUUGUUUAUGUGCUUCUAUACACAAUACCCCAUAAUGACAAAGCAAAAUCAGGUUUGUAGCUAAAAAAUAAAAUGAAAUAUUACAUUUACGUAAGUACUCAGUACUUUGUUGAAGCACCUUUGGCAGCAAUUAUAGCCUUGAGCCUUCUUGUGUAUGAUGCUACAAGCUUAGCACACCUGUAUUUGGGGAGUUUCUCUCAUUCCUCUCCGUAUUUCCACACUAUGUGGUUGGAAUUAUACUGUGAAAUUGUGAAAAUGAUGGUAAUGCCCUUUUAGUGUAAGAGCUGUUUGAAAAGACCGCCUGAAAUUUCAGCCUGUUUUGGUGGGAUGGAGCUUUGGCCUGCGUAGUGACAUCACCAGGUGAUAAAUUAGUUAAUAGACCAAUAAGAGAGCUCCAAACCUCUCUGCCAAUAACAGCUAGUUUUCAGUUUUCCCCUCCCCACUCAGACCACUCCCAGACAGUCAUAGCAAAAUUCUUGUUUUGAGAAAUUGCUCUUUGCUAAGAAGCUAUUUUUGUUUCUUUUUACAAUUUUAAUUUAAUACAAUCACAGUAAGGUACUUAAUUGUUACCCAGAAAUGUUUUGACAUUGAGAUAAAAAACGUCUGCACUGGACCUUUUAAAGAGCGACUGAACACACCAAUUGGCAGUGUGUUUUUUUCUGAUGCUCAUUAGAAAAACAAGAUUUCAGUCUCGGAUGUGUGUUUCCUGAUCGAUUCUGCAUUUGCUUAUUAAUGAUGUUUGUCCCCCAUGAGACACUGUAGACGCGGAAGACUAUUUCACUUCCUCAAAAUCCCCAGAAUGAAUCUAAUAUAACUCAAGAAAUCUGUAAAAUUAUUUUGAUGUUUUAGUUGAGCCAUGUUACAUCUAACUCGGGUGUUUGGUGCAGUAUUUCUCAAGAAAAAAAAAUGUGUGACGUGUUGUCUUAUGUAUAUCUCACUUUAUGCUGUUCAUUUACCCAUUGUGACGCACGGAUGUUCCAAUCUCCGUUUUAGACGAGACUGACUUUAUGACCAAAAUUAUCCUAUUUACACUUUGUAGUCAUUUUUGACACUAGAAUACAUGUUUCUGACUCAUAUCGAUGCCACAAAGGCCAUUUUCAGAGAGAUUUGUUACUUUUUAAGGGCAUUCGCACUUUACAACACACAUCCCACAAAGUAACAACAACAAACUGGAACAGCAGUAACAAUGAACCAGAAGUCCAGCUCCAUACGUCAUCCUUCCUGUCCCGUGUAGGGUGACCGAGCAGGCGGAGGAGAACAAGAUGACAGCCAGUAACCUGGGCAUCAUCUUCGGCCCCACGCUCAUCAAACCCAGACAGACGGACGCCGAGGUGUCCCUGUCCUCCCUGGUGGACUACCCCUACCAGGCCCUCAUCGUGGAGCUCCUCAUCAGACACUAUCAGAUGAUCUUUGAUGCCCCCGUCAGCCCCCUGCCAUGGCCCCAGGGCCCCCCAGUCCCCUCUGAGGAGGGCUUCCCCUUGGAGGAUCAGGACCCUCACCCCCGCCUCACCCCUCAGGAGAAGCAGCUCAGCAGACAGUCUCUGGUAGACAUGAAGGAGGUGAGUGACUUAUUAAAAUGGAACUGAAUAGAAAUAUGAUAAACCUAUGUUAUGGAUCUAGCUUCUACUGAUGAACAGUGAUGACUCUCUUCUCUCUCUCUCUCUCCUUUGUGUUUCUCUCUCUCUCUCUCUCUCUCUCUCUCUCUCUCUCUCUCUCCUUUGUGUUUUCUCUCUCUCUCUCUCUCUCUCUCUCUCUCUCUCUCUCUCUCUCUCUCUCUCUCUCUCUCUCUCUCUGUCCCUCUGUUUCCUGUCCCCUGUCCAUUGCAGCAGAGCUGUAAAUUGUUUAAGUGUCAUUCCUCUAUAGUCCCCUCCAACAAUGCAAUGGAGGAGGUCAGAGAUGGGAACCCCAGGUCUGAUGGGAGGGACUCUACCCCUGGUCAGUAUUACUCCACUAUAACUGGACACCAAUAGUACACUGUUCACGUCCUGAACUUUAUUACUGACUGAUCCUCUCUGUACUCUGUAGUGGUAGACGAGGACUUAGAGCAACUCAACGGGCUCCUGUCUGGCAGCGUCCCUGAGGUCCAGAGAGCAGGGGGAGAGAGGGGGAUGGGGGAAAGGGGUCUCACCCGGGCCCACCACACCACCUCCCGGGUCCAUCUCCGCCACCCCCGCUCCAAACUGGUCUCUCGGCCUUCCGAACGGCCCCUGAACCCGGCCCGAGGCGUGGAUGAGAGGAACGCCAGGAACACCGCUGAGCAAGACGACGGGAAAGGUACCGGGAGCGCCAGGAGCAUUACGCGGGACCAGUCGAUCGGGGAGGAGUCGGAGGAUGAGAAGCCAAAGUCGAGGGCGAACCAGCCUCUACCGGAGCGCGUUCAUCGACACGGGGACCUGGGACAGGCAGUACAAGCAUUAUGACAUCACCCCCAGGACAGCUAAGAUCAACCUGUCUACAGCGGACGAGUUGGCCAAGGACUCGACCAGAAGCCUCGCCACAUCUGUACCAUCAUCCUCUUCCUUCAACUCCUUCGGGAGUGGUGGCUGCACCAUCGCGGUGUGGCCGGGCAGGACUCUGAGAAGGGAGGAGAACGUGUGGGAGUACAGCCAAGAGCCCACUGUGUUCAGACCCCCCCCGACUCUACAGCCACCCCCUGGAACCUUCUACAAUCCCCCCACGGGGAGCAAGGCCAAUGCGCUAGGGGACGCGGGGCUGAAGAAGAACGUCACAGUAGCUACCAGCGCUGAGGAGGAAGAAGAGGACGAUGAUGGAGAAGAGAUGGGUCUGGAGGUCUCUGAGGCUCCACAGCAGGCCCUGUCCCUGCCCCAGUCCCCCAGCUCCAGCCCUGAGAACCUCAGUCAGGAGGCCAAGCCCGUGUACCAGAGACUACGGCCCAGACGCUUGCAGGAGUUGGAGCACCGCGAGGCGCAUCUUGUAUGA